AUAUCAGCAAUGUCUGAUCCGGCCCAUCUUAGGACGGCCCGCUUUUCAAAUUCACGAGCGAUUUUUUCAUCUGUUUCAAGGAGCCGCCUCACUCCUUCGUAAAUCGUAAUCCAUGGCCUACACGCAGGUCCUCUCCACUUCCUGCAUGUUCUACAAGGAAGAUAGAGUUCCGAUGACAAGUGAUAACUCCAAGAUGAAACCUCCACAUGUAUUGACCGUUGCUGGCUCUGACUCAGGUGCUGGUGCUGGAAUCCAGGCUGAUCUUAAGACCUGUGCAGCACGUGGAGUGUACUGCUCCACGGUCAUAACUGCUGUCACUGCCCAGAACACUGUUGGUGUUCAGGGUGUAAAUAUUGUGCCUGAGGAUUUUGUGGUGGAGCAGUUAAAGUCUGUUUUAUCUGAUAUGCAAGUUGACGUGGUGAAAACUGGCAUGCUACCAUCUGUUGGCAUAGUCAGUGUUCUUAGUCAAAGUCUACAUGAAUUUCCAGUUCGAGCUUUAGUGGUUGAUCCUGUCAUGGUAUCUACAAGUGGAGAUGUACUGGCUGGUCCUUCCAUUCUUGCUGAAUUUCGAGAGGAACUUCUUCCUAUGGCCGAUAUAAUCACUCCAAAUUUAAAGGAGGCAUCUGCUUUACUUGGUUGUCAGCAGCUGAAAACAGUUUCUGACAUGCGUUCUGCUGCGAAACUGCUGCAUGAGAUGGGGCCAAGAUAUGUGAUUGUCAAAGGUGGCGAUCUUCCUGAUUCGUUGGAUGCUGUUGAUGUAUUCUUUGAUGGCCAGGACUUCUAUGAGCUGCGUUCUUCACGCAUUAAAACUCGCAACACUCAUGGUACUGGUUGCAGCUUGGCAUCAUGUAUAGCAGCUGAGCUGGCAAAAGGUUCUUCAAUGCUUCCUGCUGUUAAGGUUGCUAAACGCUAUGUUGAGACUGCCUUGGAUUACAGCAAAGACAUUGCUAUUGGAAAUGGGACCCAAGGUCCCUUUGACCAUAUUUUUAGGCUUAAGAGUAAUGGUCAGAAGUCCCAUAGGCAAGUGGGAUUUAAUCCAAGUGACUUGUUCUUGUAUGCUGUAACGGAUUCUGGGAUGAAUGAAAAGUGGGGCCGUUCUAUUACAGAUGCUGUUAAAGCUGCCAUAGAGGGAGGUGCUACCAUUGUUCAAUUGAGGGAAAAGGAUGCUGAAACACAUAAGUUUUUGGAAGCAGCAAAAGCAUGCUGUGAAAUUUGCCAUUCACACGGAAUACCUCUACUCAUAAACGACCGUAUUGAUAUUGCCCUUGCUUGUGAUGCUGAUGGUGUGCAUGUUGGUCAAUCAGACAUGCCUGCUAGUGUGGCCCGCACUCUUCUUGGCCCUGAAAAAAUCAUUGGUGUAUCAUGCAAGACAAUAGAGCAAGCCCAUCAAGCAUGGAUUGACGGUGCUGAUUACAUUGGUUGUGGUGGUGUAUAUCCAACGAAUACUAAAGCAAACAAUCUCACUGUUGGCCUGGAGGGGUUGAAAACUGUUUGCAAGGCUUCCAAGUUACCUGUGGUUGCAAUUGGUGGUAUUAAUGCUUCAAAUGCAGGCUCUGUGAUGGAAACUGCUGUGCAGAAUUUGAAGGGAGUUGCUGUUGUGUCGGCCCUUUUUGACAGGGAAUGUAUUCUGACAGAAACCAGGAAGUUGCAUGCAGUGCUAAAGACGGCAGCAUCGAUGACAUUACAGAGGACCCAUUGAAAUGAUAUUGGUUUGGUUCAUCCUCUCCAGAUUUAAGUUAUCACACCCAUCAAAAGAUUCUGGGGUUUUUUUGGUAUGUUUAAUAAUUGGUACAACGAGUGCAUAUUCCAUAGAAUAACAAUGUAAUAUAACUGAUUGUGUUAAGGGCACCGAUAUCAGCCUUGGCGUCAAUUGCUUUCUAUUGGAACUAAAAGGCAAGUUGCUGCCUUUCAGCCAAUCAAUCUAAACAAAAGAAUUGAUAUAUGUCGGCCAUUCGAUGAUCGAUCUGUAUGCUUGCUUUGUGAAAGAUAAUUGGCUCGUGAGUA